CAGGAAAUGAAGUGGGGAGAGGUGCGUCAGUGUAUGCUGGUUGCGGUGGUGUGUUUUUGUCAGUGUGUCAGUGUGUGUGCGCCUAUGUGGACGGUGUUGGUGCAAGUGUGUGUGUGUGUGUGGGUUUCAGUCAGUCAGGGGGACAGCCAGCAUUACUCUAAAAUGGCCACGGAAACACACCCGGCCUAACAGAUCACCUAUGGACGCAAGAGUGCUGCCUCAUCAUGGGCUCCAGGCUAAGAGAAAAUCCCGAGAGAACUUUCUACUGGUUCUUCGAGGCCUCCUGCCCCAUAGCCAAGGACAAAGAUCCUGGUUUGCUGUUUCAAUUUCCAGAUGACUUCAGUGAUGAGGAGGCCCGUCUGUACCUGCCUCGCUUCUGUUUCCCCUAUGACAUCGAGAGGGUCAGGGAGACUGUGGCUGUGCAGCACUUCACCUUUGUGCUGACUGAUCUGGAGGGAUGCCAGCGGUUCGGCUUCUGCAGACUCACCUCCAGCUCUGAGACCUGCCUAUGCAUCCUCAGUUAUCUCCCCUGGUUUGAGGUAUUUUACAAACUUCUAAACAACCUUGCCGACUACUUGACAAAGGGACAAACCAAUGAGAUGCGAGAGCUACUGGCCAACCUCUACAAACACCCACUUCCAUUGGCCAGUUCCGGUGUCACUCUGCAGCUGGGAGAUAAACUACAAAUCAGAGUCGAGAUACCACAUCAACACGGAAACCACCCCUUAACGCAGGAAGAGGUGUCCCAAGGGAUCCCCUACUUCAUUGCACCCGACCCCAAGAGCCUGCCGUCCAUUCCGGAGAGUAGGAACCUGACAGAGUUGAUGGUGGCUGUAGAUGUGGGGAACCUGCUCCAGCUGUAUGCCAGCAUGCUGUUUGAGAGACGCAUCCUCAUCUACAGCAGGAAACUCAGCACGCUGACAGCAUGUGUGCACGCCUGCAGCGGCAUUCUGUAUCCCAUGUACUGGCAACACAUCUUCAUCCCAGUCCUGCCUCCCCAUCUACUGGACUACUGCUGUGCUCCCAUGCCAUACCUGAUAGGGGUUCACUCGAGCCUGACUGAGAGGGUGAGAAGUCGUGCCUUAGAGGAUGUGGUCAUCCUGAAUGUGGACACCAACACCAUGGAAACGCCCUUUGACGACCUGAAGAAGAUUCCGCCCGAUGUGGUGACAGCCCUGAAGGUGCGUCUAAAGAAGCAGUCUGCGUCUCCAGGGUGUGGUGUGGCCCGUGCGUUUCUCCGAGCUCAGGCUGUGCUGUUCGGAGGCUACAGAGAGGCUCUGCUCUACCCUGAGGAGGGUGCUAUCUCUUUCAGUGAGGAGUCCUUCCUGAACCACAAGUCCCCCUUCAUGAGGCAGUUUCUGGAGUGUGCCAUCAACCUACAGUUCUUCAAACAGUUCAUUGACAGUCGUCUGGAACAGCUGAACAAAGGAGAGGAACCUGACGACCUUUUUGAGGAGGAGAUCCUGCAGUGCGGAGCCUCAGCAGCACACAGCAAGUCCUACCAGCAGUGGGUGGGCAAUCUGAAGAAAGGGGGUGGGGCCCUUCUCCUGACGGUGAAGUCCAAAGCCCACAUGUAUAAAAGUGCAAAAGGCCAUAAUAAAUUUGGACUGAGGAAUAUCCUUUCAUCCAAGGACCCAAAUGAAGUCUGCCAUCUCCAGAGAGGUGGCUCUGUAUCAGGGACUCACCGUCGCAACCAAUCAGAUUGCUUACAGAACCGUCUGCCAAUCACACAGCAUUUUGGCCGGUCUCGACCACGUCGGCCCAAUCGCAGACAGACAGAGGGAGAUGGGAACACUGACAGACAAGCUUGGGAGGAUGGGUUGCCUGCGGGUUCUGCAGACGGGGAGGACACGUUCCCCCUGGAGCUGGAGGAGGAGGAGCCCCAUUCUCCGCUGCUGCCCGACCCGGAGGAGAUGGACCUGCUGGGCGAGAUCUUCGACACGCUGAGUGCCCAGAGCUCCAGCGAACGUGGCCUACUCUACAGCACGCGGAGCCUCGACCUGUUUGGCCCCGACAGCGCAGACUUCAUCUCACGGACAUCUUUGGCCACGCCCAGCCAGGAGAGUCUCCACCAAUCAAUCAACAGGAGUGGAAGCCUGAUAAGCUCGGAGGAGGGGUUAGAGGAAAAGGAGGAGCCUACCUCUGUGACUGAGUCGGUCAUCAGGCAAGGAAAUGUGGAAGAUUCUACAACCAAUCAGGAGCGGCACCAUAUGGAUGAUCUCACUGCCCAUUGGUCGACACAAAAGGACAAACAGUUGUGUGGGCACGGGAUGGGUCAAAGGGAGGGGGGAUGUGCAAAUGACCACGUUGAGAUGAAAACGUCGCAUCAGGCAGACAAAGAGAUGGACGGCGUGGAAGAAGGAGCAACACCGGUGAAGCAAAGGGAUGGGCAUGGAGGAAAGGAUGAGGUGAGGGUGCAGGAGAAGGACAGCGAACAGGAAGGGCACAGAGGAGAAGAACAGCCGGAGCACGAAGAGCCAACGAUCACGGUAGAGAGUAGCAAAGUCACACAGGAGACUGGACCAGACACCAAGGGCCGGUCUGAAGAUCCAGGGCUCUCGCCUGAUGACUCUGCCCAGAGGAACAGUCCACCACCUGGGGUAAAGGGGACCAGCAGUCCCCCUGAGGGAUCUGCAGAUGGGGAGAAAACAGCCUCUGUGGGGAAGAGUCCGCUGAAUCAGAGGGCAGUGGUGGACAGAGACGCCAAAGAGAGAGGCAACUCCUCCUCUCCCAGGGUGGUGAUGUCCGCGACGGCUAGAUUCCAGGUCCGCGACCUCCACACCAGGGGCUCGCCUGAGCAAGGGCAGCCCAGCACUGGGUCCCGAGGCUUGGAGCCCGCUCUGAGGAAGACCCCUCGGGAGGCCCCUGUGCAGUAUUCAGCUAAUGGCCUUCUGGCAGCGAGCAUAAAAACGGAUAAUUCCAAGGAUGACACACCUCCGGUGAAAGUCUCAGAGCUGAAGAAGAGAUUUGAACAUUGAUACUUGAAAGGAAUUCUAUGUAUCCCCAAAAUAUCGGAGACUCCAAGGGUCAAGGUUUAUUCUUUCAAUGAUGUCACCUUCAGGAGAGAGAGAGAGAGAGAGAGAGAGAGAGAGAGAGAGAGAGAGAGAGAGAGAGAGACUGACUGAAUUCACCGAAACUUAAGCAAGCGUUUACUCUAAUCUUACAAGCCAAGAUUUAUGUUCAAGACCAAAAGUCUUGAAAAGGGGGACUGAAGGGACUAGGAAUUAGGAGUUAGUUUAUUGAAUAUAAUCCAUAGUCAAUAAUUCAAUAUAUCUCAUUCCUAGUGGUAAUUGUAGUGUUAUUCUCCUGUACUCUCCUCUCUCCUCUCCUUUCCAUCAACCUACAGUUCUUCAAACAGGUUCACUUCUGCCAAAAACUUCCCAGGAUGACAGAUUUGAACAUUGAUACUGAUUGGGGAAGACACCAAAUUAUGCGAAUCCAAUGAUAUGAAGGACUCAGUAUUGCUGUUUUGUUUGUUUUGUUUUGAACCUGAUGUUGGAUGCAUGCAAGGUGCAAUGCGUUGUGUUGCCACUAGGUGUCAUACCAAAGGAAGACGUCUCAUUCAUCCCAUUGAGACCCCAGAGCCCAGGGAAAGGUUUCAUCAGUGGCUGGAUUUGAGAUAAAGAUAUGAAACCAAUGA